AUGUUAGUGGAGUAUGAAGUUAUUGGGAGAAUUUGUUUAAAAUACAAUUCGACUGACGCAUGCCGAAAUGCAACAACAUCGAAUAUAACAUGUAUUUGGCAUGAAAUAGCUAACACAUGCAUUGAUAGUAAUAAUCAGGAUACUCAUAACUUGAAAGUAAAUUAUUGCCGUGUUAAGAGCUCAAAUGUUAACAAUUCGAGUACAUCAACACCCACUGAACACACUGAAACAACUACAAGGAUCAUUGAAGAGAGGAUACAGAACAAAUUAUCUCACUACUUAUAUGUUGUCUGUUAUAACUUGUGA